AUGAACACAAUCAACAAUAUGGUCCGUGCCAGUCAGUUCACCUCUCAACUCGCCAACACUAUUUUCACACUCUGUGCUCAAUUAAAAACUUCGGGUUCAUUGCUAGAACAAUCGCAUAAAAAUGAAUUAAACAAAGUGUUCACCUCUCUCCGUCAAGCAUGCUGCCGUGAUACGGACAACUCGCUGAGAGCCAUGAACUGGAGAACAAAUUUGGCACACAGCCAAUAUUAUGUGAAUAGGCCAGAAGGGCAACACGAUCCAGCGCCAACCGUAGGAAUCCCACCGUCGUCUGCCACGUCACAAUCUGCUCAGAUGACGUCAUCUGUGACGUCACCAGUCCCUCAAUCGCCACAGCCACCAAUGCAGUUCGUUCCACCCAAUCCAAUGAUGUUCCAGGAUCCGAUGGGGGGAGGACCAAACCCCGGUGGAAUAUUCUUUAUCCCGGCCGCCUCAACAUGGAUGAAUCCAUUAAUGCCAAUGCCCCCGAACCCAUUUCUACCACAUUCAAUGCUUCCACCAGAUCAUCAAAUGUUCCUUCGACAACGAAGUUUGAACAAUAAAAAGCCGAAUUUAAUGAAUAAAACCCUCCAAUUACGUCAUGAGAUGAUCAUUCGAAACUCGGAUUCCGGAAAAAUUAUGGGUGUCAAGGGACGGAGAGUUGCCGCGGUGGAGCAGUUGACAAAUACUGUCAUUUCGUUUCAAAAGGUUGACGCUAAAUCCAAGGAGAGAACACUUACAAUCACGGCAUCGACAAUGGAGGAUAUCGAGAGGGCAAAAGAUAUGAUAAUUGACACGAUUCGCAGAAAUAUGAGUCCGAUUAGGAAUGACAUGUCAAUGCCACCACCAAUGCCAAUCGCUGACCUCCACCAACCAUCGAAUCCCCAAGGAAAAUCUCCAGAAGACGAUGAAGAUGAAGACGAUGAGGAUAUUAAACUCGAGCAGACUUCAGAUGGCAAGCUUACCUUCCAUUGUGACGAUCCAGAGUUAUUGGCGGCGGCCCAGGAAGCCCUAUCGGCCUAUUUGCGAGUCCGAGCCCGUCCAUCAGCCGAGGAGCGAGAGAAAAAGAAGGAACGGAGAAAAUCAAUGCCCCUCCAACAGACCGCCCAUCAUCAGCAGGAGCCGGUGAUGUUGAAACCGUCGAAAACGUUCCAUGGAUCCACACCAAACUUGGCUGAUGGCCUGGCAGCAACUACUACAGUAGUUAUGGCAACUGCAGUACCCGCUUCUCAUGUGCAACAGCAGCAGCCGCAACAAGUACAAGCGCCUAUCCGCUACAAUCGUGACUCCCUGAUGACGGCUCGCGAGACGAUGCGUGCUCCAAUGGCUCCAGAAAUGCUCAAGGAGAUCACUCGCGUUGCUCCGGACAUUUUGAUUGCUUGA